AUGCAUCGUGCAAUUCUUAUCAGUCUUUUGGCGUUUUCGUUUGAGUUCAAUAAUGUCGUCGCCGCUCAAGGACUCGAAGUUUUUGGAAUCGAUUUGGGCGACAUACUAGACAACGGUCAAGAUCCAAAUAACAAGAACGGGGCUGGAAAUAGAGGUGGCAAUAAUAUCCAUACAAAUACAUUGAGUGCAGUGGCUGGACCAGGGAUCAGUCAAACCGCGGGUGUGCUUGCACCAUUGGAUCCGGCAGCCGGAACGGCGGUAGCAGCAGCUACGACCGCAGUACAGAGUACGCCGGCUGUUUCAACAACUCAAGCAGGUAGCAAGAAUGGGGAUAAGAAUGGAAAGGAUGGAAAGAAGGAUGGACAAGGCAACGGCAAAGCUAAGCACCACAAAUCGACUGCAGUAGCCGCCAAAGCGGGAACCAGUCAAACCGUUGGUGUCGUUGCGCCUAUCAAUGCAGCAACUGCAACAACCUUGGUUACUGCAACUGCAGUCCAGAGCGUCAAUGCCGCUGCAUCAUCUCAAGCCAGUGGUCAGAAGAAGGGGCACAAGGGCGGAAAAAAGAAUGGACAGGGAAAUGAAGCUGCCAAGAAGAAGAAGAAGCAUUCCAAGUCCAGUGCAGUGGCCAACGCGGCGGCCAGCCAAACCGUCGGGGCUGUUGCGUCUUUAGAUGCAACUGCAGUACAGAGUGCACAGGCCGCUGCAGUACAGAGUGCACAGGCCGCUGCAUCAGCAACAGCAACUCAGAAGAAGGGACACAAGAAUGGGCAAGGAAACAAAGCUGGCCAAGAAAAGAAGAAGCACCACAAAUCGACUGCAGUGGCCAAUCAAGCUGCCAGUAAAACUGUCGGCACCGUUACGGCUGUAGACUCCGCGGCUGUCGCAGCACAGAGUACACAGGCUGUUUCAACAGCACGUGGAAAACAUCAUAAGAAUGGCAAUGGAAAAGGAAAAGGAAAUGGCAACAAUAACAACUCCCAGACAUCGCAAGUAGUGGCUAACCAAGCUGCCAGUCAAACUGUCGGUGUUAUUGUGCCCUUGAACCCAGCCACUGCCACGGUGGCGACAACAUUUGCGACUGCAGUGAAAAGCACACAGGCUGCAACACAAGCAGUCGGUCAAGCAUCUUCCUCCGCGGUAGUCCCAAGCAGCGCAGUAGCUGCCCAGCCAACACGGACGAUUACUAUAACGGCUGGCAACGGAGGUGCGACCUUUACUGAGGGAUCCGAGACAAUAAUCAUUUCUCAGGCUGGGGGUCAAGCGCAAACGACAACUCCUCCACCGCUUCCCUCGGCAACCGUGUCCGUCGUUGUCGUAUCGUCCGCAAGCACCGCGGUUGUCACGGCAAGCUCCGCCGCGGUGUCGCCAUCGAGUUUUCCAGCGAUUGGGGCUUCUGUUGUAACCCCGCUGGCGGGAUCAACAAGCGCCAGUUCUUUUGUCACAAUUGCAAGUCCUUCGUCUAGCGCUGCAGCUCUUGCUGCGACAAACCCUCAGAACGCCUGUCCAUGUACCUGUGCAUGCCCGUCGGGAUUCCCGUUGCAGGCAACGCCUAUUCCGGCGGGACCAUCACCUAGUCCACAAGCAAUAUCGUUACCCUCACCAUCGUCAUCGUCCUCUGCCGGUCAGACCCAAACAAUAGCGACUACGACCGCUAUUGAUUCUCAAACGAGUACUCCAUCAUCCACUGCAGUGGUAGCCACAAUAGCAACCACAACAUCUACCUCAGCAAUCGUUACACCUACCACGAGCUUGUCUUUACUGGCGUCCGGAACGUCAGUUGUACAGCCAGCAUUGCCUGCUUCUGUAAGACCAGCACCCUCGAGUGCCACGUCAGUCGCUACCUCAAUCAUUUUAACAGCAACCACAGCCCCGGCUCAAGCUGGUAAUGUGAACAUCAAUACCGUGCAAUUUUAUUCUGCGUUGACGAUAGCCCUCGGCUGA